AUGGCCGCUCCCAACACCUUCGGGGAGCUUGGUCUCUCCAUCAUUGGCGUCGCCAGCCAGUAUCCGCCCUACUCGCUCAAGACAGACUCAAUAGACUACCUCAGCAACAAGUUCUAUCCAGAAUCGCCCUCCAUGAAAAAGGUUCUAUCCAUCAACAGAUUCACCGGCAUUGAUUACCGUUCCUCCAUCGGCACACACGAGCACGAAGUCGUCAACCAGAAAGAUGCCCCCUCCAUCGCAGAACUCCACAAGGUCUUCAUGAGUGACGGCGUGCCUCUCGCCGUAGAAGCAUCCCGCAAAGCCAUUGAAGAAGCGCGCAUCGACCUCUCUGAAAUCACCCAUGUGGUAUCGACAACCUGCACCGACAGCGCCAACCCGGGCUUCGACCACUACGUCGUCAACGGCCUCGGAAUCACACACCAAGUCGAAAAGGUUCUGCUCCACGGCGUUGGCUGCAGCGGUGGGUUGGCAACGCUUCGGACGGCAGCGAACUUGGCACUGGGGCACAAGGCGCGCGGAAAACCCGCGAGGAUCCUCUGCGUUGCGCUCGAGGUCAGCACCACCAUGGUGCGCAGCGAGCUCAACAGCAUCGACGAGUUGCAAGAAACCCGGAUCGGUGUCGCGCUCUUCUCUGAUUGCGCAAGCGCUGUGGUGCUCAGCAAUGGCAUCGGCGAGCCAACGGAACCCGUCUAUGACCUGUUGGGCUGGGAGCACAAGAUCAUACCCGACACGGACCAGGACCUCGGCUUCGAUGUCGACCCUGUUGGUUGGAAAGUGAUUCUUACCCCACGAGUGCCAAAGCUCGCAUCGGCGGCAAUCCCGUCGACAUUUGCAGAGAUGCUCUCCGAUGUACCAUCACUACCAUCGAAUUAUCAGAAACCCGAAGACUUCGACUGGGCGAUGCACCCCGGAGGAGCGACGAUCUUAUCAGGGGCAGAGACGACGAUGGGCAUCACAUCGUACCACAUGCGGGCGAGCUACGACACAUAUAUCAAUCACGGAAACUCGAGUUCGGCAACGAUUUUCAGCGUCAUGGACAGGCUGCGGUCCAAGGACAUGGACGCCGUGGCGCCGGAGGGCCGAGCCCGGGACUACGUGGUGGGGUGUGCGUUCGGGCCGGGGAUCUCGGUGGAGAUGUGCAUGCUGAAGCGGAACAUGCGGGCGCGAGGCGCCACGGGGCUGCAGACGCCACCGGAGACGGAGAGCGAGGGCAGCACUAGCGAGGCUGGGGAUGAUGGCGCGGUGCGAUCGGAAGAGCGGGCAUCUUCAGGGCGUCAAGCAGACCAGACCUUUGUUGCAGAGGCAAUGGAGGAGCUGGAUCUCGACUGA